UUCUUUUUUUUUACAUGCAGGAUCUCACACUUAAACACGGCUGGAGAACGGGCGCCAUCAUUCCCGAGCUGCGGAAAGAGAUCAAGAUCAUGAACACGGAGCAGUAUGUGCACAUGAUGUCCUGGCUACAGGCACUGACUGGACUUAUUGAACAGAUGCAGGUUCACCGAGACCCAGCCUCCCGGGCGGUUGUUGAGGAGUGGAUUAGAGAGAGGGAAGCCAUGAGGCCACAGACAAAAGACAUCUUCAACACUCAGUUUGGGAGUCUCUUCCGGACCUAUCACAACCCAACGUAUUUCUCGCGCCGCCUGUCCCGCUUCGCUGACAUCUACAUGGCGUCCAUCAGCUGCCUGCUCAACUACGACUUCCAGCACACCUUUUUUCCCCGCCGCAAUCCCCUGCAGCACGAAUCUCCCUUCUGUCCUGAACACGUCCCCGCCGGGCCCCGUGUGGACCCAGAGCUCCGCAGCUGAGUCCGACUGACGAGGCCGUUUUAUUCACUUUACUCAUUUAAGCAAGUUUUACUUUUUGUCCAACCGCAUGACAUGUUUUAGUUUCUAUUCAAUGACACAGUCAACUGUUGAGCUCGAAAUACAAAUAACACACAACCUUCGUGAAGACAACGUUCACGAGUUCAUCUAAA